AUGGAGACUGAUCCAGAAAUUGUUCAACAGAUUAAGUCACUUCAUGCAGAUCUUGCACGAAAAUAUGAAUUACAUGGUUCCAAAAUUGAUCAGAUCUGGCGAGGUUUCAGCCAAAAUCAGCGAGCGGAGGCUUUCAAGGCUGGCGUCGCAGAAAACGCGUAUUUGAAACAUUCAAGAGAUCAGCCGCUAGGCAACCCUUGGAAGGUGGUUUCCGAGUUAAAUCUUGAUGACAUGGUGACAGAGCCUGACUUUCUACUUGAUCAUUUAAGACACCGCGCGACAACAUCACUUCUAGACCAGUACAGAGAGGGUGUUCGUGAUGGACCCGGAGAUUGCAUAUUUAUCUUGGAGAGUAUGCGCGACAACAACCUUCGUCAUGUAGAUGAUUUUAAAUAUUGCUACACCCGUUUUGACAACGAGGAUACUUAUGGCCGAUCAAUCAGAUCAACAACAGCUGCUCACCAUCGCGACUUUACAACCGAGCUCGCAAUUGCUUUUCAAAGCAGAGCUAUUAUUCCACAGGAAGUUGGAGAAUUGGUUCUCACUAGACAGCUGUAUAUCCUUUUACAGCUGAACUUAUUAGUCGCGGACAUUCUAGAAAUUGGAUCUACUACCAAAUCUACGAAGCCCCGACCACGAAAGGCAGAAGAGGCAGCUGUUUCCGCUCUUUCAAAACUUUCUGUUGUUCACAACCAGGAAAGUCUUUCGUUAGACGACAUGAUCAACAGCUCCUUCGAUCAGAAAACCGCUAUGAACGAUUAUUUGGUUUUGUGUUGCUCUGAAUCAGUUGUUCUACACCACAUGGUCAAUGCUUGGUUCUUCAGUCGACCGGAAUUUGUACCCGAUGAGAAGGGACGGAUCGUCCCCGUACCAAGCGAUAAGCAUAUUAGUAUAUCAAUUUUUGAAUUGAUACAUAAUGCUGCUACUGGAGUUGCAAACUGGGAUUACAUGCAUCGCCUUCUUCAACUUCUCUCAGAGAGGCCCAAUGAUAAAGUUGCAAACACUAUUUUGCUUCAGGAGAUAUCAAACGUAGCUCAUCUCGAAUUCUCGCGGGUCCAGAAAGUCUUCAAACGCUACGUAGCCUUAGGGACAGGUUCAAAGUACUUCAGACGCGUUUCAGGGAAAUAUGACAAUGGGUUUGCGCGUGUAUUGCUCAAGCAAGAUCCAGAGCUUCUGACUAGGGAGAAUCCACAACUUUCUUAUAUCUUUCGCCUCUGUUCCUCUGAGAUUGAUGCCGCUAAAUCAGUUACUUGGAUCAAGAAAUUAGACGACCUCUAUCGUCUCCACCCCGCCGAGCGAUCAGAAGUUCACGAUGGAAUUUUGGACGCAUUCGGUGAGCUGGCAGUUAUCGCCAGUUUUGUUCAAGCCCUUUCUGCUACCGUUACUCUGCCACCAAGAAACCCUAGGAGGGGACAGUUGUAUGCGUCAAGGCUCAACAACUUACUAGGCGAGCUUGAGUCACUAAAGUAUGAGGUCGAACUUUCGAGGUUUGCGGUACCUAUGGAAAACCUCCUUGAGCCGGGCAUGACCGAAGGAGCUAUUGAUGCUCUAGAUCAACUUACGGCAAGAAGAAUGGGCACAAACACUGGGUUUCUGUACCAAGAUCUUGUAGCAGAUUGUGUGACGCAAAUCCAAACUCAUUACGAACAGCAGAAGGACAGAGUUGCACAGAUCGGGAAGAAGCCUCCUAAGACCUUCGAGGACCCGACCCAUGAGGCCUCGGCACCAGAUAUACUCAUACAACGACGAAAAGAAAAGCACAAGGCUCGGCCCGCAGAUGUCUCUCCUUACGAUAUAACUCGAGAUACAGCAAAGUCCACACAAGUGGAAGCGUCCGAGUCGCCUUUGGUAUUCAAAGUCAACAAAAAUACGUCACAGGUCUUCUCCACUAUGUUCGCAAAGUCUGAAGCUCGAGGUUCCGUCAAUUGGAGCGCGUUCGAAGCUGCAAUGGUUGAUUUGAAAUUCUCUGUAAUGCCAAAAUUCGGAUCUGUAUACACCUUCUCUCCAGGAGAGAAUGUGGGUGCUGAGAAGUCUAUUACGUUCCAUCGGCCCCAUAAGUCGGAGAUUGAGGGAUGGAAGUUGAUUAUGUUUGCUAGUCGACUGAGGAGGGUCUACGGAUGGAACGAAGGAUCUUUUGAGUUGGCUUGA